AUGUCGGUUUUCCAAUCUGAACGACAGAUAUUUUUUGAAACCCAGUACAUAGAUCCCCUGGAGGAUCACUCAUUACAGUACUGUAAUCAGUAUAAUGCCUCGAGGGUGAAUGGAGCCAUCGUGGUGUUGGUAAGGAAUAAAGAGUUACACGCGUUAAGGGAGACGAUGAAACAUUUCGAAGACCGAUGGAAUAGAAAAUAUCACUACCCCUAUGUGUUUCUGAAUGACGAAGAAUUUACCGAGGAGUUUAAGAUUUUAACCUCCGCCAUAACCAAAUCUGAGACUCAUUACGGCCUAAUACCUCAUGAAAUGUGGAGCUAUCCGUCGUGGAUAAAUCAAACCCGUGCUGCCGAAGCCCGUCACGAGAUGGAAAGCAAUGAUGUCUUAUAUGGUGGCAGUGAAUCAUAUCGUCACAUGUGUCGAUUCAACUCUGGUUUCUUUUUCCGUCACGAACUGAUAAAGAAAUACGAUUAUUACUGGCGUCUUGAACCCGGAGUAGAAUUCCUGUGUGAUAUUGACUACGAUCCAUUCCGUUUCAUUCAAAAAAACAACAUCACCUAUGGAUUCACCAUCUCGCUGCUUGAACUCCAAGAGACCAUACCGACACUUUGGGAUACGGUGGUCAAGUUUUCGGAAGAGUACCCACAGUACUUGAACGAGCGAAAUGUAAUGAACUUCAUGUCACCCGACGGUAAGACCUACAACGGAUGUCAUUUUUGGAGUAACUUUGAGAUCGGAGAUCUGAAUUUCUGGCGAGGAGAGGCGUACAUGAAAUUCUUUGAAUAUUUGGAUCAAGCCGGUGGAUUUUUCUACGAGAGAUGGGGUGAUGCACCGGUUCAUUCGAUAGCGUUAGCUCUGUUCCUCGAGAAAUCGCAAAUACAUUUCUUCAACGACAUAGGCUACAAACACUCACCAUUUCAGCAUUGUCCAAUAGAAAAACGGUUCCACGAGAGUGGAAAAUGCUUUUGUAAUCCUUCUGAAAAUUUUG